CCAGCCAUCAUCAAAGCCGGUACUGUACCAUCACGAGAGGAACGGCACAAAGCAGAUGGGAUUUGUUUACUUUUCUAGAUAGACCAACGCAAAGCGAUAACGUUACAUAAGUAGAAUUAGUAAGGAUAAACAAGGAUGAGAAAGAGAAUGAUGAUUAUGAAAACUCCGAUCGCCUAUCGGGCGAGCCUCAGUCUUGUUUCAUUAGCUGUUAAGUGAAGAAGGAAAUAAAGUUCAGGGUUUCAACCCAUAAUUGGCGCUGUAGCAGUCGGUCACAGUUCGGUAGUGACAGUGUUAAAAACAGUGGAACAGUGAAGAAAUAAGAAAUCAUCACUAAGUGGUAUCCGCAGCAGCAUCCGCAACUGAAGGAUUAAAUCCGUUGUUGGAUUUGAGGACCCCCCGGCACGACAUUUUACCACCCACACUGGAACCAAGGACCUCACCGUACAUUCAACAACUAAUUAUAAGCCGAACGAAAUUUUAUUCAAUCAAAGGAAUGUAACAGAUCCACAAGAAAUUUCAAGUAAAGCCCAGGAGAUAUUUACACAAACUAAAAUUAAUAUAGAAAAGGCCAGUCAAAAACCAACCAAAAGAUAAUUACAUAAAGGAGGAACCACCUACAAUCAAUGAAGGUCGAAUAGUGUUUGUCCAACCAAAUAUAAGAAAAAAGUUAGAUCCAAGAGCAGUUCCAACUAAUGCAUAUCAAGUCGAAGAAAAAACAUUUGAAAAUUCUAGGAGAAUCAAGAGACACAAAAACAAAAUAAAGAGUCAAAAAAAGAGUAACCAUGCCUAAACUAAUCCUAUUACUACUAUUUUCUUUGUUUCAACAAAAACAUUGUCAGCACUUAGAAAUUAAAUGUCUUAAUCAAGAUCCAAUAUUAUUAAUGCAUUUAAGAAAUUGUUAUAUUCAAACUGGCACUAUCAAAAUUAUACACCCUAUAAAUUUAACAACCCUAGAAGAAAAUGUUAAUACUUUCUUAGAGAUCUCAAGAAAAAUUGAUAGAACUCUACCAAUAUCAGAUCUAAUUAUACACAGAAGUAGACGAAUAGCAAAUAAUUUGAUUCAACUUAAACCAAUUAAAACCAAACGACAAAAACAAUGGGACAGUAUCGGCACAGUCUGGAAAUGGAUAGCAGGGAGCCCCGACGCGGAGGACCUACGUAUCAUCAAUAGUACUUUAAACGACCUAAUCGAUCAAUCAAACGAGCAAAUUAAAAUCAACCACGCAAUCAUCGACAGACUUGCGACAAUAACCGAUAACAUCAAUCAACUGAUCGAUCACCAUACCUCACUCAACACUAUACUACUGAAAGAGAUGGACGCAAUCUCCCUACUCCUCUACCUGGAUGCAACCAACAAUAUCCUUGAGGACAUCGAAGAUGCCAUACUGAGAGCGCGAGUAUCCCUACCAAAUAGUAAAUUACUAACACUCAGGGAAAUAUUUCUGGUUCAAUCAAUACUGAACGAACAAGGCAUUAAAACCGACUACCCAGAAGAUGCACUGAACUACGUCAAACCCAAAGUAGCCAGUAGAAACGACACACUACUUUAUAUUUUGGAAAUCCCUAAAACAAAUGGGAACUGCCAAAUAAUCAAAGUCAUACCACUGAUCGUGAACAAUACAGUAAUAAUAGAUGCCCCAAAUUACAUUAUAAAAUCAAAUAACAAACUUUUCGCAACGAACGAGCCCCAAAAAACGGUUCAGCAGUCACACGAAACCCAUCCAUUUUUUGAUCAAUGUAUUUUCCCUAUAGUAAUGGGACUAGAAAGUCAUUGCUACGCAUCGGAAUCGAACCAAACAAUUAUACAAAACCCUACCAGGAAGUAAAAUUCUCAUAAUCAACGUGAAGAAUCAAUUCAUCAGCUCGAAUUGUGGGCCACAUAACAGAACAUUGUCAGGGAACUUCCUACUACAUUUCGAAAAUUGUACCAUCAACAUUGGAAACGAAACCUUUAUUUCCGAAGAAAUUAUCAGCAAUACAAAUCAAUUAAUUGGAGUAUUUCCAGGAUUAUCAAUUAACAAAAAUAUAAUCAACAAACACAAUUUAUCAACUUUAACCUGGCAAACGUUGAGUAAUCGCAAUCGAAUUGAUCACGUUAUACUACAACAAUUCGAGCAUAGAAAAUGGUUUUACGGAAUACUUGGAAGCUUCUCAAUCACCACUUUUACAAUUAUAACGGUAGCGAUUAUCUGUUUCCGCAGGAAGAAAAUCGUGCUCACAGUUCGUUACCCCCGUUCAAACAGUAAGGCAAAAACAAAGAAACAAGGAAAUACACAGCAAUUGACCGAGGACGUCCAAUCUUACCCCCCGGAGGAAUUAUGCGACGGUCCAAGCCACGAGAUCACAAACUUAGGCAACAAGUAACAAUCAACCGUCAUCGAUAACCAGCCAUCAUCAAAGCCGGUACUGUACCAUCACGAGAGGAACGGCACAAAGCAGAUGGGAUUUGUUUACUUUUCUAGAUAGACCAACGCAAAGCGAUAACGUUACAUAAGUAGAAUUAGUAAGGAUAAACAAGGAUGAGAAAGAGAAUGAUGAUUAUGAAAACUCUGAUCGCCUAUCGGACGAGCCUCAGUCUUGUUUCAUUAGCUGUUAAGUGAAGGAGGAAAUAAAGUUCAGGGUUUCAACCCAUAAUUAUAUAUUUAACAAUAAUACACAUAUUACACUAGCACAAAAACUAGGUGCAUGUUAUUAGUAAUUACUCGACUAUUUGAUAAACAAUAUUGUCCUCUGGCGAAUAACCGCAACGGUUCAAACCACCCAAUAAUUAUGAAAAGACAAUAAUAAAAUAAUACAAAUUAAACAUAAUUUACUUUGCAGCACACUUCCAAAAUCCUCCAGUCGAAGAUUCGACGGCUUCUCAAUGCAAAAUGGAUAGACAACUUGACGUCGAAAAUCAAGUCAAUUAUUUAUGCGCAGCCUGAUAUACUCAAAAAUUACAUUUUAACACGUGAGUCACUCAGCG